AAUGGAUGAUAACAAUAAUCAAGAUGGGUAUUAUGUUGAGUUAAAUUAAGUGAACAAAUAGUAAUAUUUGAGGAGAAGAUUACUAAGGUGAAUGGAGAGGUGGCAAUUAAACGUUAUCAAAGAGGCAAGUUUUUAGGAAAGGGAGGAUUUGCUAAGUGUUAUGAGGCCACAAAUUUAGAGAAUAAGAAGGUAUUAGCUGCAAAAAUCAUUGCUAAAUCAUCUCUUACUAGAAAUAGAGCCCGUUAGAAGGUAUAUAUAUAAGUUAUUGGGUUAGUUGGUGUCAGAAAUCAAAAUACACAAAAGUUUAUAGAAUUCAAAUGUUGUCUAAUUUGAACAUGUCUUUGAAGAUCAUGAAAAUGUUUACAUAUUAUUGGAACUCUGUUGCAAUCAAACACUGAAUGAAUUAAUUAAAAGAAGAAAGAGAUUGACUGAAAUUGAAGUUUAAUGUUAUGUUGCAUAGAUGAUAAAUGCAUUAAAAUAUCUACAUAACAAUAAUGUUAUUCAUAGAGAGUAUUUUUUAUAAUGAAAAAAUAGUUUAAAACUUGGGAAUUUGUUCUUGAAUAAAAACAUGGAAUUAAAAUUAGGGGAUUUUGGUUUAGCUACUAAACUAGAAUUUGAAGGGGAGAAAAAGAGAACUAUUUGUGGAACUCCAAAUUAUAUUGCUCCUGAAGUAUUGGAUGGAAAAGUAGGUCAUUCAUUCGAAGUUGAUGUAUGGUCACUUGGAGUCAUUAUUUAUGCAAUGUUGAUUGGUAAACCACCUUUUGAAACUCCUGAUGUUAAAUCUACCUACAAAAAAAUUAAAAUGAAUCAAUAUUCCUUCCCAGAUCAAGUUCAAAUAUCAGACAAUGCUAAAUAACUUAUUUAAAAGAUCUUGGUUCUCGAACCUAGUAAAAGACCUUCAUUAGAUGAAAUCAUGGCUCAUUCCUUCAUGAAUUCAGGUGGUACCAUUCCUAAGUAUAUUAAUCACCUAAAAUCUCUAGAGUUCUACCUCUAUCCACUUUAGCUUGUCCUCCCUCAAUUUAAUAUAAUAAAUAGUUCCAAUAACCAAGUAGAGCUUCUGAAACAGCUUAGUCUAAUCCAAAGAUGGCCACCGUGAGACCAAAUAUAUCAUCAGAAAGAUGUACUUGACUAUUCAAAUUUAUUAGAGGAUCAAUUUGGAGCCACUUCUGGAUUGAAUACUGGAUACAAUGGUGGAUACAAUAGUAGUCAGAGACCCUCCUCAUAAAAACCAUAGGAUUUCAAAUAAUCAGUUAGCACUAAAUCUCUUAACCAAUUUUAUACUAGUGGCACUAUAUAAAAUCAAUAGACUAGUAAACAAAAAAAUGAAAUCUUUGUAAGAAGAUGGGUUGAUUACAGUAGCAAAUAUGGACUUGGUUAUCUUCUCAGUAAUGGUGCUACUGGAGUCUUUUUCAAUGAUUCAACCAAAGUCAUUUUAGAUCCCAGAACACAAGAAUUUGAAUAUUUAGAAAGAAAAGGCACUGAUAAAUAAGAUGCCAUUGAAAAACAUUCUAUCAAUAGUUAUCCAAAGGAAUUACAGAAAAAAGUUACACUCCUUUAACAUUUUAAAUCAUAUUUGGAUGCUGAUUCUAAAUCAAUUACAUAAGCUGAAACUAAUGAUUAUGAUCCAUCCCAAUCUGUUUAUGUGAAGAAAUGGAUGAAAACAAGACAUGCUAUCAUGUUUAGACUUUCCAAUAAGAUAGUUUAAGUAUUUUAAUAUUUUAUAUUUUUUUUAGGUAAACUUCACUGAUAAAACUGAAAUCAUCUUGUCUUCAGAGAAUAAAUUGGUCACCUAUGUUAAUAAAUUAGGAGAAAGGAGUCAUUAUCCCUUAGCUACUGCCCUUGAUAGUUAAAAUCAUGAGAUGGCCAAGAGAUUAAAAUACACAAAAGAGAUCUUAACACAUAUGCUUAAUGGAAAUACAAAUGUUGACUUAAAGAAUCCAGAAUGA